AUGCAGACGGCGACGACAACCUCGACAGUCAAGCCGCUGGAUCCGUGCGAUCUAGAGCGUCCCUGCUCCAACUGUCGGAAGAGUGAUGCUGAAUGCGUCCGCAACUAUAGCGUGCGAUUCCGGCAUGGGUUGAACCCCAGCAUUCGACCCCGAAGGGCCCAAGAUGCAUCUAGACGCAGCGAGUUCCAGUUCGCCCAUGAUCAGCCUUGGGUACGGACCAAUCGCACCCUGAGCUUUGUUGACGAGACCAACGAUGUCAUCAAUCUGCUGGAUUCUGGAACCGGCACCAGCAAUUUCGACUCCAUCGACUCGCCCCCUGAUCUCAUGCAGGUGACCGAGACCGGCAGCCUCGACUCAUCUCAGCCGCGGUCGCCCUCCGCACCAAGCAAGGAACACCGCUCCGGCACUGACAAAUUAGAUACCGACUUGCCCUCGCCUGUUGCCGCCUCCGGGGGCCGUCCAUCUAAAAAGAAGCGGGCCUUGAGCCAGUCAGCACUCACACCAUGGUCAGGGGCUCAACGAUCGGAUCCAGUUCAUGCUCGAACAUCCAGUCGCGGCUCUCACUAUUCCCAAAGCAUCCCAGAAGCAGGUAGCCCCUUCAGUAUCUUUUCCAACUCCCCGGUCAUUACCCAACAGCUGCUCCUUGGUCUCCACAGAGAGCUAGACACUCAGACAUUCCCAAGCCCCCAGGCCUCCUCGAUACACUCACCCCUGGGAGAUUGCCAUGCCAAAGUCAUCGACGGCAUCUAUCUCGAGGCACCAAAAUGGCCACUUGAAGACCCCGUUGAGGCCAUGCUGUUCCAGAACUACGUCCAUGACUUGGCGCCACUCUUUGAUCUCUGUGAUAGCGACAGGCACUUUGCCACCGUCGUGCCGCGCCGGGCAGCGUUGUGUCCCCCUCUCAUGAACGCCAUCUUGGCCGCCUCAGCUAAGCGCCUGAGGCGGGUGAGUAACUUCGACUCUUACAUUGGUGACAAAUAUCAUCAAAACUGCCUCAAAACGCUUAUCCCUGCUCUGUCAAGCCUCGCCGCCGUCAUGGACGAGAAUUUAUUGACCACCAUUGUCAUACUACGAUUCAUGGAAGAGCUAGAUGUCCCUUGCAGAUCAACAGAGAUGACCUCCGAAUCCCACCUGGUGGGUACCCGAGUGUUCAUCGCAGCCCAGGAAAAAAUGAGUGACUUCUCUGGCCUCCGCCGAGCAGCAUUCCUAGUUGCUCUUCGUCAAGAGAUCCACAUGGCGUUCAUCCAAGGUCGUGUGGUUCAUCCUAAUUUCGACCUGGAUAUGAUCUCGCGCCUUGUGGUCCCGGAUAGCACCGGCUGCGACUAUGCAAACCUCAUCAUCCUGCACUGUGCUUAUUGUAUGCGAUAUUGCUAUGGUUCGGAGGAGCAGAGUAUCGCCACUUGGGAGGAGCUUCGAGAACGACAAGACCGGAUAUGGGCAGAGAGACCAUGGAUUUUCCAUCCUAUGCACGUCAACGAACACAGCGGUGUGUUCCCAGAGAUUGUGUACUUGAACGGUGCAAUCGUCACAGGGAUGCUACACUACUAUCUGGUUGAAGUGUUGCUCGCCGCACACAACCCCAAGGUACCGAGAUUAGGGCCAGGCCAGGCAAAGUCCUUCAGGGAGACAAACGAGCAUAUCAAGAAGAGUGUUCUCACAAUAUGUGGCAUCGCCGAGUCAAAUGAUCAUACACAAGCCUCCUAUGCAUACGUCUGCCUAGCGAUUACAAUGGCGGGGGAUCGAUUUACCGACCCUGAGCACCAAGAUGCCAUUAUAAACAUUUUAGUGAAGGCAGACACUCGGUUUGCUUGGCCAACGGGUCCAAUCCAACGGCAUCUAUUAGAGGGCUGGGGUCGGGAACUCUCGCCGGACUUAGUGUCUGAGCAACCCCCGGUGGAGACUAAUGAUGUCCAGCAACAUGUGGACCUGGCGGAGUCGAUAGCAUCGGCCAUUGCGAUGCUUCACGACUAG